AUGCAUGUCGCCAACGUGAAGAAGCUGACAGCGAACGCUGCGGUGCCGUUCAGUGCUGAAAUCGAUAACAAAGCGAAGUUCUCCAUCGGGAAUGGAACCAAAAGCUAUCUUGCCAAAUUCGAUGAUAUUACGAGAGUUCAGAUGGAGGCUUUGCCCGAGGUGUAUGAGAUUGAGCCACUUCAAUACUACAAGCAUGUAUAUGUCACGCAGGAGAAAGCCCCAUGGGGCCUCCCCCGUUUGAGUAGCACUGGCCCUAUCGGGACAGGACCCGAUCCUGUGUAUACCUAUCGUACGGAGGCCAGCGGUACUAGGGUUACUGCGUACAUAAUCGACACUGGCAUCAACAAUAAGCAUGUUAACUUCGAGGCACGCGCAAGCAAAGGACCAACAUAUGUUCAAGAUGACCCCAAGUCAAGCAAUGUUGAUGUACAUGGUCACGGUACACAUGUUGCAGGGACUAUUGGAGGCAAGACUUACGGAGUGGCCAAGGAUGUUACCCUUGUCGAUAUCAAGGUUUUCAAUGACACCACCGGUACAGCUUCUACUAUCGACAUCAUCAAGGCCCUUGCUUGGGUUGUCGAUGAUGUAUACUCGACCAACUCACGGAAGAAGGCUGUUGCAAACCUUAGCCUUGGCGGUGGUGGUGGCGCCAGUCCGGCCAUGGAUGCAGCGAUUGCUGCGGCGGUUCGAUAA